AUGCAGUCCUACGCCGAGGCUAAACAGAAUACACGGUCGGUGAUUGCCCAGCCAAGCACCCUUAUCCCUUUCGUGCGCAAGACCACUAGAUGUGAUGAUACCUUUCAGGCGCUAAAUGGUUUCGCCGACCAAAAGAUGCACUCUCAGCUUGUCGGCACUACCGUGUCGCUUAUCGGUACGACUGAGCACCUCGCCUUUGCAGCCCGCUAUCCCUCUGAGAAUGUUUUGUUUGCGACCAUUCAAGAAUCAGGGCCUAGAUCGUGGAAUACGAGCUUUCCGCUACAAGUGCACCUGCCAGGGUUACCACGUAAGACAUCAACAAGAUGGGUAUUGGUAGCUGCAAACCCAUGA